AUGCAGCAAUCAAGAAUUCAACGGAAUGGGCUUUCAAUUUUGAUAUUCCUAGGGGAGCUUGCUAGGAUUUGGAAGGGUGGUUGUAUUAUGCGUGCUAUAUUUUUGAAUCGGAUCAAGAGGGCAUUUGACAGAAAUCCGAAUCUUGCUAAUCUACUUGUGGAUGAAAAGUUUGCAAAAGAGAUGGUUGAACGGCAGUUUGGCGCAGAGAGGAAAAGUCUUCCUGCCAAUUUGGUUCAAGCUCUAUGGGAUUAUUUUGGUGCUCACACAUAUUAG